GAAGGUCAAAACCGGAAAUAAAUUAUCAUAGCAUUUUCUAACUUGUUAAGACCUUCUUAAAGGGUUUUGUACCCGAGACAAAAAUGUUAUCCUCUUGCCCAGUUCGCAGUGAUUACCUCUAAAACUCUGCUCAAACACUGUCGAAAGUGUGGACGACAGCCAAGACAAAAAACGGUUUUGUAAGCCAUGUUCUAAGACUGCACUCUCUCCAUGGACGUGGACUUGCCCUCCCCCAUGCCACGCUCUCAUCCCAUGUCACACACUGAUCCCGGCGCAAAUGUGUGGGACUGGCUGUCUGUUCUUCGCCUGGACCAGUACACCGUGGCAUUUCAGAACGCUGGACUUAUGACACUACAGCAGUGUCGCAACCUCACACAAGAUCAGCUGGGGAGCAUUGGUGUCACCCUGCCGGGUCACCAAAGACGCAUCUUGGCCAGUCUGAACAAAACACAGGGAAGUCAUGACACACAGUCUGUCACACACUCUCCUCCUGGCCUGUCUGAAAGGACCCUCCAAUCGGAGGAUGUUGACUCAGCGGAUGAGUUACAGAAAGAGAAAUAUUUGCUCUCUUCUGAGAGACCUCUGGAAAAAAGAGACACUGAGAUGCCGAGACCUGCUCCCAGAGAAAGAACUACACCUGUGCCCAAGGAAAAGCAACCAACUUCACAAGAGGAUCACGGAGAAACGGACGUAGAGAGGGAGAGACCUGUGCCCAGAGAGAGGACGAAAUUUAGCAAUAACGUUGUAGUAAAAUGCCCUCCUUUUCCAGCGUCCUCCUCGACUUCACCUCUCGACGCUCCUCUGCCCCCCGUGCCUCCUCGAAGCACCACCAACUGCCCUCCGCAGCCCUUUUUGCCCAGCCUGAGCCUAAUUCCUCCUCCGAAAACUCCUGGCACUCCUGCACAAGACAGACAUGAUGUCCAAGGUCCAGCUGCGCAGAAAGCGCCUCAUGAUGCAACCUCCGCCUGCACUUCCACCGGUCCUGCUGCCAGAGAACGUCCACAAACAUUAGACAUCCAGCCACAUUGCCAGUAUCUCCACCCCGAGGGAGCAAGAAAAACAUCACCCGUGUCCCCCGCGUCGGCUUCCAUCAGCAGCGACAGAAAUGCUCCUCCUCUUCCUCCAAAACUCAGCGCAGGAUCCAAAGGCCCACCGCUGAUCCCUUGCAGGGUUUCCACGCCUUCCAAAACGAACAGCCUCUCACCCGCGGAGACCUCUGAAGAGAUGGACAAGGACCAAGCUCCACAGGUUCCACCUCGAAUCAGGACACCCCAAUGUCCAGAAAGCCUGCAGCAGUCGUCUCAACUGGACAGUCAGCUGUCUCUGCCUGUGAGAAGAGUCUCCCAAACUCCCAGUGAGAUCACUCUAGAUUUACCUGGAAAUAAUUCAGAUGCAAAUGAAGAGACGGACAUCCUUCACCUUAAUUCAUUAGACAAGGAAAUGCUUGUGCAGGUGCAGAGUCCGACAAAGGGACAUUACAAUUCGUGGUUAAGCGACGACGAGCUGUUGGAUGAUGAUGAUGAUGAUGAUGAUGACGACGAUGAUUAUGAUGACAAUGCUGCUGUGAGUCAGUUCCCGUGGCUUGACCGGCCCAUCAGUAACAUUCAUGGCAGUGUGUGUCUGCCCAGCACCGGCAGACGGCCUUCGGCCGCUAAAAAUGACAGCCCCGAGUUGAUUGCCACUGUCAUCAAGACGGGCUGGCUGGACAAGAAUCCACCACAGGGGGUGCUUUAUUACCAGAGACGAUGGGUGAAAUUGGAUGCGGAUUAUCUGCGAUACUUUGACAGUGAAAAGGACAUUUAUUCCAAGGGAAUCAUCUCAACAGCCUUCAUCACUAACGUGGCGAGCAUAGGAGAGCUAAAGUUUGAGGUGGCUACGAACAACCGGACAUUUAUCUUCAGGGCAGAAAAUGAAGCUGAGAGAAACGACUGGGUUGCCGUGCUCCUGGACUGCACCAGAGGGCGCUACCGCCGCAGCAACAUCGGCCCCGGUUCACCCUUGGCCCCAGAUCAUCAGGGGUACCUGGAGCUCAAAGGGUUACGCUCCAAACUUUACACUGUUGUUGCCCUCGAUAAAGUCUUUCUCUACAAAACCAUCGAUGACUAUCGUAUGGGAGUCGGCAUCACCUCCAUUGAUAUGAAUGUGGGAAAUGUAAAAGAUUCGGACCGUCGUAACUUCGAACUCACAACGCCUUACCGCAUAUUCAGUUUCAUAGCGGAGUCGGAGCAGCAGAGGGAACUCUGGGUGGCCGCCAUGAGGAACGCUAUAGGCGAGGCGCUGUCCAAUAGCGAUGUGGCGAACCAGAUAUGGGCGGAGCCUAGUAACAGUUUCUGCGCCGACUGUGGGAUUGCCAAACCAGAAUGGGCAGCUAUCAACUUGUGCGUGGUGGUCUGCAAGCAAUGUGCAGGAGAGCACAGAGGACUGGGUCCCAGCGUGUCCAAGGUGCGUAGUCUGAAGAUGGACAGGAAGGUUUGGACAGAGGAACUCGUACAGGUGUUUCUCUCGCUAGGCAACGAGCGGGCCAACAGCUUUUGGGCUGCUAACGUCCCGCCCAGUGAGGCGCUGGCGCCUUCUAGCAGCAGCGAGGAGAGGAGGCGAUUUAUCACCAACAAAUAUCGCCAGGGAAAGUACAGAAAGUACCACAUGCUGUAUGGGAACCAGACUGAACUGAACAAUGCUUUAUGUGUGAAUAUCCAAUGCAGUGAUUUGUUGGAGACGUUGAGUUUGAUCUUCUGCGGGGCAGACGUAAAUUGCUCGACUGGCAUGACAAACUGGCCGUCCCCUCUGUCCCUGGCCAACGCACGCUCACAGCACUUACAGGCUGAAAUAAUCAGCCACAAUCUCAACACAGAUCAGCCUCAGUCAGAGGGGGUUGUGGCCAUGCAGCCAGUUCCUUAUUCAAAACCACCUUGUGUGUCUUACAAUGGCUUUCUGUUCAAAACCGCAUCCAUGGCUCGAGCGGUCACUGAGCGCAAGGCCAGAGAAGAGUUCAGCCGCCGUUGGUGCACGCUGAACGACGGCGUCUUCAGCUAUUAUGAGAGCGACAAGAACUCCAACCCCAAUGGAGCACUGAAGGUUUCAGAAAUAGUCAGUUUGGCUGUUGACGCGCCUGAAAAACAUGGAUACGAAUACACCUUUGAAAUCUACUCGGAGUCAGAGCGACUAUAUCUGUUCGGCACCGAUGAUGCCGACAGCCACAAAGAAUGGGUUAAGUCCAUUGCUAGGAGUUUCAUACCCACUGCCGCAGAGCCGUUACUGAAGAUGAGUUUUGAGAGGAUCGGACGGCUGAAAUGUAAAGACGGCUUGAACCUGCAGACGUCUCGGCUGGGUUGGUUCGCUCUGGUGGGCUCCACACUCCAUGCCUCACUAGAGGAUGGGCAGUGUGAGGAAAUCCACCUCCGUAAAGUUAACGAACUCUCCACACAACAGGACAAUGGAGUGCUGGUUCUGGUGGAGAAAGGCAGGACUUUGUACAUAGAAGGUGAGAGAAAGUUGGAUUUCGCAGGCUGGUGCGCCGCCAUCCGAUCGGCAGGAAGGAGCGGAGGAGACACGCUGAGUCAGCAGCAGCUCACCGAAACGGACAUACCUGUCAUCGUCCACAGCUGCAUUGGAUACAUCACUCAGUGCGGCUUGGCGUCUGAGGGCAUUUAUCGCAAAAGCGGCGUGAACUCGCGUGUCAAAGCUCUGUGCGAGAGAUUUCGGGGUGAUGCCCGCAGUCUUUGUCUAAGGGAGGGGGAGCACCAGGUGGACGACGUCUCCAGUACGCUGAAACGCUUCUUCAGGGAGUUAGAAGAAGGACUGUUCACAUCAGCGGAUGCAAGCAGCUGGCUCAGUACAGCAGGCGUCCAGGAUGAAAGUGUGAAAAUUGCUCAGUACCAGCAGCUGCUGAACAGACUGCCUCAUGUGAAUAAGGCCACACUACAAGCCCUUAUCAACCACCUCUACUGUGUGCAGCGUUUCUCUGAGCUCAACCAAAUGAACCUCCACAACCUGGCUAUAGUCUUCGGCCCCACACUGUUCCAGACAGAUGGGAAGGACUACAGCGCCGGCCUCACUGUAGAAGACCUCAUACAGCACUACACACUUAUCUUUGAGGUGGAUGAGCAGCAGCUAAAGAAGCAGCUGGAAGAGAUCACUGUCAUCAUUAAAGUCAGGGAAAAAAUGAGCACAAAGUUUCCCAGCACUGAGCCUGGUGGACAUUUCAUCUGCACCGUUUACCUGGAGGAGAAAAAAGAAACGGCUGAGCAACACGUGAAGAUUCCUGGCUCUAUGACAGCAAUGGAGCUGACGUGUGAGGUCCUUCAUCGACGUAACAUCCUCGUCAGAGACAAGGAGUACUGGUGCUGCUGGGAGAUCAGCAACAAGGAGGAAAUGGAGCGUCCAUUGCACUAUCAGGAGCGUGUCCUACCUAUUCUUCACGCCUUAGGCACGGACUCCCAUCUGGUCAUAAAGAAGCAUCUUGCUAUGGAAGCAAUGAUCACUUACCUGUCUAGUAAAGCGGACGCAUCCAAACAUGGGAUGAUGAAAUUCAGAGAAGAGCGAAGCAUCCUGGGACUGGGACUGACCUCUGGACAUUUCCAUGACCGAUACUUCAUCCUCAACUCCAGCUCACUCCGAAUGUACAAAGAAAUCAGAAGUAACCGCUCAGAACGUGAUUGGCCAGUGAAAAACCUCAAUGUUUACUUAGGAAUCAGGAAAAGACUCCGUCCUCCCACUUGUUGGGGCCUGACGGUGUUAUGUGAGAGUAAGAAACCAGAUCGACAGGAGAAGCAGCAGUUCUAUGUUUGCUGUGACACCCAGUCAGAAAUGCGAGAGUGGUACGCAAAUUUUCUCAGCGUCCAGUACAACGGUGACGUCUGGCCUCAGGACGGUCUGCAGCAGACGAGGGUGAGCCGCGUGUUGCCCAACACGCACCACGGUAACGUUUCACUGAUACCCCUGCGUGGCAGUGAGAAUGAGAUGCGGAACAGCGUGGCAGCUUUCAGCCAAGACCCUCUUUCUCUUUUUAGGGAUGUUCCAUAAUCUUUGCUUGAGAACAGGGCAGAUGGUCAGACUCAUCAGGUGAUCUCCAAGCACGGCAGUUACAUCACUGCUGGAACGAACGCAGCAGAGAAACGGAUUCUCCCGCUGCACCAGAGCUGCUGCCUGAGAAUAAAACUGAUCACCGGUUUUUCCUUGUACACAACAGUGAUGUACGGUAUUAGCGUGUCGACACAGGCCGAUGGACAAUUACCAGUCUGAACAUUUCCUUAACAUCAGUUCCAGCCCGUAGUGGAUCAGUGUGGUCAGUCAAAUGUCCUACUUUAGUCAUGUGAUACAGAGGCAUGGAAAAGACAUACUAGGUUAAAAAAACAAAAAAAACAACCAACCUUAGGCUAAUCUAUGCACUAGCAUUGAAUGCUAAUGUUUUUUUAAUAAUACAAAUAUUAGCGAAAACAAUGAUAUGUUACGCCGUCUAAAGAGACUUUAGUCUGCAGACAGGUUUGUGAAUACACUUAGUGUAAAUAUACUGCAGGUUACAUGUGUAAAUAUGAGUCACUAGGGGUUUACUUUAGAGAGUACAGGAAGGACAGAUGUUUGCUGAAGCAAUACAAAAUGUUGUAUAUUUUUAAAUAUUAACGCAAAAAAAAAAAAAAAAAAAAA